UAACGAGUUAUGCCACGCUGCUCAAAGCAUUUUAAAGGCGUUGAGGGAAAGUUUAAUACUUCUUUCUCCAUUGUCUUGGAGGAAAAAGAAAUCGAAUCGUCGUGCCGCCUGACUGUAAAAUGAAUGCCGAAUAAAUCAAAUACCUUUCUUCACACACAUUGUUUUGAGUAUUAGUUGUAAAGGAAACCGUUACAUGGCAGAAGAUACUCAGGAUCGUAGAGACGGUCACACUUAUGAAUUUGUCACAUAACAUGUUGCACAAAGCGUGCUGGUUGUUAUUGAUACACUCUUGAAAUAUUAAACAUGGACUAUACUGAAGUGUAUUAAGUGAGCAAACUGAAACAUUUACGUCAAACAGAAUGGAAACUACAAUCGCCGUCGCAGAAAAUUCCCCACAAAAGAUCCCCAAGAUCAAGGUAUACAAGAGGAGAUUAUGGACCCUCGGCCUGUUCAGUAUAUCGUCUAUGAUGAGUGCCAUGACCUUCCCACAAUAUGUAGUCAUGGCCAACAUCAACAGCUGCUUCUACGACGUGAGCAUGGAAGCAGUUAAUUGGACUGCUAUGAUCUGGAUGGUAGUUUAUUUCUUUUUCAGUUUUCCUAUGUCAUACCUUAUGAAUAAUUACCUGAAUCUACGGUGGACGGUUAUGGGCGCAGCCUUUUUUAAUGUUGUAGCUACCGGUCUUCAAUUUGCUACUACGCAACCCAGCGGGUUUCCUUAUGUCAUGCUGAGUGCAUUUGUUGCUUCGUUGUCCAACCUUUUCAUACUGGCCAUUCCUCCUUUUCUGGCUGCGAAAUGGUUUCCCAGCCACGAACUGAACCGAGCAUGCGCUGUGGGAGUGUUUGGAAAUCAGUUAGGAAUUGCUAUCGGAUUUGUACUGUCUCCUUUAGCAGUGUCCAAUGAAUGUUCUCGUAAGGACCUGAUAACUAUUGGCAAGCGAAAUGUUGCCUACAUUUUAACAGCUGUCAACAUCGUUAUCUUCAUUUUAAUUACUUUCACUUUUCAGAAUGCCCCCAAACUCCCUCCAAGUGUCGGCGAAGCCCAGAAAAAGAAGGAUCCCAAUGUUUCUUACAAGGAAAUUGUACUCAGUAUGAUGAAGAACACGGAUUUCAUCCUCAUAUUCAUAAUAUAUGGUCUCAUGGUUGGAUCCUUUUUUGCUCUUGGUUCAACGUUAAACGAACUUAUUCUUGAAUUUUUUCCACAUCAAGAAGUUGCAAUUGGAUGGAUGGGAUUACUUUUCAUCGUGUGUGGUCUGGUCGGAUCAUUGUUCGCUGGUUACAUUUUGGAUCGCACCCACAAGUUCAAGGAAACAACUUUCGGUAUAUGCUUCGCCAGCUUAAUUACAUUCAUAGUGUUUAGUGGAUGCCUGUACGCGAACCAAAUUUGGAUACAAUUUAUCACCAUUGGCGUUUUUGGGUUUUUCUUAACAAGUUUUCUACCCAUCGGUUUCGAAUAUGGUAUCGAGGUGACUUAUCCACAGUCUGAAGCGAUCUGUGCAUGCUUGCUCAAUGCAUCAACAAUGUUUUUUGGCCUUAUUUUAACUGAAAUGCUGUCCCAUAUUCUUGAGAGCGAAGGCCCUCUUUCAUCAAAUGCUGCACUCACAGUAAUACUGUUUUUGUGCUGCGUGUUAGCAAAUUUUAUGACAAAGGAUUACAAAAGAAGCAAACAGAACGCAGAAAUUAAUGAUUCUGUCUCAAAAUGAAAGAACGAAUAGAAAGAACGAAUCCCCUGCACAGUCCCAGCAUUUUGAGUAAUGGAUUCUCUAUAUGUUUUCAUCUCAUUAUUUAUGUAAUCAUACUCAUCAUAUGCAAUGCAUGAAACGACUUUUUAUGAAUGUGUAUUGUAUUUUGCUGUGUGAAAGUUUCACGUAUAAGCAUUAUAAGUUACAAAAAGAAAAUAUAUUAAAGCUUAAAAUGAAGAAUUGGCUUAGUAGAAUAUUUAUUUGUAAGCAAUACAUCUUCAAAUAUGAACCUCUCCGAGAGAUCUCCUAGCUUAUGAAAUCUGAAGAAUGUAUAACGCUCUAAUAAUUCUGAUCGCUGCUACAAAAUAAAUGGAUAUCUUUUCUAAAGCAUUUCCAUUUUCCAACCCCAAGUCUUAAGUUAUUAACUUAACAGACUUUUUAAAGUCUCUUAGAAAGUGUAUUUGAGUCCAUGGGACUUGGUGGAUAUCAAGCCUUCAUCUCAUUUUCUUUAAAUCUAAAAUUUACAAACUAUGUCCAAAAUUUAAUUAUUAAUAUUUUUAUUGGUUUUUUAAUCAUUAUAACUUUUUAUAUCGAAUAUAAAUUUAAGUUAUAAUAAUAAUUUUUCUAGUAUUUCAAAAUUUUCGUUCUUAAAUAUUUUUAAAUUCUGAUUUCCCUUCUUCCAAUACAAAGUCUUUGAAUUGGCUGUAUUCCAUUUAUUCGUUUAUGUAUGAUUAGGUGAUUAUUGCUUAGUUAUUGAAUUUCAAAUAUAUUAAAUAUUAAAGUUACCACCAAAUAGUUAAGUUACUUAAACAUAACUAUUAACCUCCCUUAAGUAAUAAAAGUUCUUUAACCUCUUGAAAUAUGAAUUUACUUAACUUCCGAAUUAGAUGGUAUAUCCUGUAGGUGGCAAUUAUUAUCCUGUAACAAUACAAGGGCAUUUUAAGAAUGAUGCAUUUUGAGUGAUUUUUGCAUUUUAAAUUGCUUAAUAUUUUUCACUUUAAGUUUUAAAAUUGAAAAUUUAAUAAUUUGUUCUCUAAGUCAAAUUCGUCAUUGUAUGCGAAGGCUUUAACAAGACAUUCCUCUUGAUGAUACAUUAACGUUUAGAAAUGAUUGAAGAGACUCAGAAUUAUAUG